CAGUUUGAUUUCAAAUUCAAACGUACUGAGACGGCGAAACGGGAGGACAUUCAGCGAAUACUCUGACGUAUUGUAAGCUGAAUAUGUCCAGACUACCAGUCAUGUCAACAAAAAGGGUUCUCACUAGCAGCAGCUCUGAGAAUUCCCAGGAAAUGGCUCCCAUGCAGAAGAAGAUGCGUAAGGAGCAGGAUCCACAUAAACCUCAGGCUGCUGCAACAAUCAUUGGUGACAAGCGGCCUCCUGCUGCAGCAGCCAGAGCAUCUCUCUAUAGACCAGUCAGAGGUGCAGGAGCUGCUACUGUGGCUGCUGCUCCUUCCAGAGGAGUCCUGAGGCCAACUGCAGCCUCCACUGCUCCAAAAGCUUCAAACACCAAAAAUGCUGCAGCAACCAAACCUGGCGGUACUGGGGCCACCCGUCGUCAGCCAUGGGACCUGAAGGGGAAGGUCAGCGACAUGGAGGGUAAGAUCCGCACCUACCAGACCAAGUUUAAGUCUGUGAACGAGGAGAACGAGGCGCUGAAAGGAUCCGUGGCACAAAGUCAAACUAAAGUGGCUGAACUGGAAAGAGAAGUCCAGAGCCAGAAAAGGAAGAUCAGUGAAUAUGAAGGGGAGCUGAAGAAGUUAUCUGGAGUGGAGAAGGAGCUUGAGAAGGAGCAGAGUGAGAAGAACGUUCUCCAGAAGGAGCUCUCCAACUUGGAACAGAAAUACAAAGUUAUCGAGACUCUGAGGGACAGCCAGGAGACGGAGCUGCAGACUCUGAAGAUGAAGCUGUCAGCUCAGGAGUCUACUUUGGCCAGACUCCAGGCCACCCUGAAGGAAACGGAAGAAGAAGUCAGUUCUCUGAAAGAGAUGGUGGCGGAGCAGAAAGACGAGCUUCACGCCGGGGAGAUGGAGCGCCGGCGCCUCCAUAACACCAUCCAGGAGCUAAAGGGUAAUAUCAGGGUGUUCUGCAGAGUUCGCCCUCUAGAGGAUGGAGGCCUGAGUAAACACAUCCAGCUGGCAGCCAGCGACAACAAGUCCAUCAUGCUGGCCAAAAGCGAGGAGUCUCAUACAGGGAAAUCUGCAGACACUCAGAAGAAUUAUCACUUCAGUUUCGACCGGGUGUUUGGGCCUCAGUCAUCGCAGCAGGAGAUCUUUGAUGAGAUCUCCCUGCUGGUUCAGUCGGCUCUGGAUGGAUACAACGUCUGCUGCUUCGCCUACGGUCAGACUGGAAGUGGGAAAACCUACACCAUGGAGGGGGAGGAGAUCGACGACACGAGGGGCGUCAUUCCCAGAGCCGUGCAGCAGAUCUUCAAAGCUGGAGACAAGCUGCAGUCACAAGGAUGGGAGUUCACCUUCACAGCCAGUUUUGUUGAGAUUUACAACGAGACUCUGCGAGACCUCCUGUACAAGGGCAAGGCCAGCAAGAGACCAGAACACGAGAUCCGGAAGACGGCCAACAACGAGGUGUCUGUCACCAACCUGACCUACGAAAAGGUCUACACCGAGGAUCAGGUUCUCGGUCUGAUCGCUCUGGCCAAACAGAACCGCUCCACCGCCAUGACGGCCCAGAACGACCGCUCCUCCCGCUCCCACUCUGUGUUUCAGCUGCAGAUCGAGGGGGUCAACGCUGGCAGGGACAUCAAAUGCAAGUCCACUCUGUGUCUGGUGGAUCUGGCCGGCAGCGAGCGAAUGCUGAAGAGUCAGUCUCAGGGAGAGCGCUUCAAAGAGAUGACCUGCAUCAACAGCUCCCUGUCCAACCUGGGCAUUGUCAUCACCUCUCUGGCCAAUAAGGAGAGCCACAUUCCCUACAGGAACUCUAAGCUGACCUACCUGCUGCAGAACUGCCUUGGAGGAAACAGCAAAACGUUGAUGUUUGUGAACAUUUCCCCUGAGCCGGACAGCUUUGGAGAAACUCUGAACUCACUGAGGUUUGCAAGCAAGGUGAAUGAUUGUGUCAUCGGGACAGCGAGUUCCAACAAGAAGUAGAUCCAAGUUUUUUGAUAACUGCCAUGUCAAACUUUUUUUUUUUUUUUUUUUCUAUUAUCAUUUACACCAUGUGAAGUUUUGAACCUGUAAUAUCUGUGGACUUUGGUCUUUAAUGUAAAGCCAAAUUUCUUAGUCCUGAGAUUUUUUUUGUAAAUUCUCAGGCUCUGAUUACAAAUCAUUAAACUUGUAUUUUAAUGGGGUUUUUUUCACCCGUCUUCUUUACAUCAAGCCUUUGUGUACCUGUACAUAUUUGUUUGUCGGCUUUUUUAAAUUCUUCAGGUUUUUACUCAUACAGUAGAUAUCAUUAAUUCCUGUCUGCUUGGGAAAAACAUCCAUAUUAUCCAUAUAUUCUUGAUCCUGUAUUAACAGUAUGAAUAAAUGCAGAAUGACUGCAAACAAACGUAGUGCUUUUCUUUUUAUUCUUGUAAUUUAGUUCCCAGAACUUUUCUAUCAGGUCUCACUGUAAAAUAUAACGGAAACAAUAAGCUAAAGUUUUGCUUCCUCUGUAACAUUUAUUAAACUAUAAAUGAUUUUUAUUUUAUGUUUAUGUUCUCCCUGAGCAUGCAUGGUUUCUCUCCUGGUACUCCGGCUUCCUCCCACA